AUGCUUAUUUCCAAGGACAAUCGUAAAAAGAUCUACCAGUAUCUCUUCCAAGAGGGUGUUUUGGUUGCCAAGAAGGACUUUAACCUUCCCAAGCACGAAGAGAUCGAUGUUCCUAACCUCCAGGUUCUCAAGUCUCUUCAGUCUCUUGAAUCCCGUGGAUAUGUCAAGAGCCAGUUCUCUUGGCAAUACUACUACUACUCUUUGACCAACGAAGGCAUCGAGUAUCUCCGUGAAUAUCUCCAUCUUCCUGUUGAAAUUGUGCCCCGUACCUUCAUCAAGACCACAAAGUCAGUUGGCACUCGCCCAUCUCGUCAUGGUAUGUUUAGUUGGAUUCAAUUACACCUUUGCUAUUCCAAAUGGUUUGUAUUUUUAUAA